AGAGGCAGCGGCUCAGCAGAAGGCAGCUCAACAGCAGGCAGCGAAAGGGAUAACGAAACGGGGGAUACGGGCGGGCGCAGCUGAUAGAAUGGGGGGCGCAAGCACGGCUGCCGGGGCGCAAGCGGGAGGACAGGGACCAACGUCCUUGUUCAUCCUGUCGGAGGAAAACAUCAUCCGCAGGUACACGCGCUUUAUAAUCGAGUGGCCUCCUUUCGAAUAUGCCGUGCUUUUGACAAUCAUAGCGAACUGCGUGGUGCUGGCGCUCGAAGAGCACUUGCCUAGCCAGGACAAGACUAUGCUAGCACUGAAACUAGAAAAAACGGAAACUUACUUUUUAGGUAUCUUUUGCGUAGAAGCGUCAUUGAAAAUACUAGCGUUAGGUUUCGUACUGCAUAGAGGAUCGUACCUAAGGAACAUUUGGAAUAUCAUGGAUUUUUUUGUUGUACUUACAGGGUUUGUGACGAUGUUUACUCUGGAUGUCGAUGCUGUGGAUCUGCGCACCUUACGCGCUAUACGAGUACUAAGACCUCUCAAGCUAGUCUCUGGUAUCCCUAGUCUGCAAGUAGUUUUAAAAUCCAUCAUCAAGGCAAUGGCCCCAUUGCUACAGAUAGGGCUACUGGUGCUAUUUGCCAUCGUUAUUUUUGCUAUUAUUGGUUUAGAAUUUUAUUCGGGUGCGUUGCACAGAACAUGCUACAGUUUAUAUGACAUAGAUGAAAUAGUAAAGGAGGGCGACAGUGAAGUUCCUUGUAAUUCGGACAACAUGACUCAGGCGCUGAAACAAGGCAGCAACUGGUGUCGUGAUGGUAAUUCUUUGUGCCUUGAAAGGUGGCAGGGUCCCAAUAAUGGCAUUACUUCCUUCGAUAACAUAGGCUUUGCUAUGCUCACCGUUUUCCAAUGCAUCACCAUGGAGGGAUGGACCGCUAUACUUUACUGGAUGAACGAUGCAGUUGGUAGUCAUUGGAACUGGAUGUAUUUUGUUCCCCUAAUAGUCCUCGGUUCUUUCUUCAUGCUUAACUUAGUACUCGGUGUAUUAAGCGGAGAAUUCGCUAAAGAAAGGGAAAAGGUAGAGAAUAGACAGGAAUUUUUAAAGUUAAGAAGAGCCGCUCAAUUGGAGAGAGAACUGAACGGGUAUGUCCAGUGGAUAUGUAAAGCAGAGGAGGUAAUACUGGCUGAAGAGAGAACGACCGAAGAAGAGAAGAUGCACAUAAUGGAAGCUAGAAGGAGGGCAGCCAAAAAGAAGAAACUGCGGAAAAUUGGAAAAAGUAAAAGCACUGAUACGGAAGAAGAAGAACAGGAAGAAGACAUGGCAGACGAUGUAUUUCUUACAGAGUCUAAGAAAAAGCUAAAAGGUUUCGGCAAAACUGGCUAUCUCAAAUCUAGAGUAAAGAACCAGGGAGGUUGUGCAGGCUUUUGGAGGGCAGAAAAGAGGCUCAGGUUCAAAAUCAGACACAUGGUAAAAGCACAAUGGUUUUAUUGGUUCGUAAUCGUUCUCGUAUUCUUCAAUACCCUUUGCGUUGCCGUGGAAUACCAUGGACAACCGGAUUGGCUGACUCGUUUCCUUUUUUAUGCGGAAUACGCUUUUUUGUGCCUCUUCAUGUCGGAGAUGUUUAUCAAAGUGUACGCGCUUGGACCGCGAAUUUAUUUCGAAUCGGCUUUUAAUCGUUUCGAUUGCGUAGUGAUAAUGGGUUCAGUUUUUGAAGUGGUAUGGUCGGCAGUGAAGGGGGGCUCGUUCGGUCUAUCGGUGUUAAGGGCUCUUCGACUAUUACGAAUUUUCAAAGUUACCAAGUAUUGGUCCUCGUUACGGAACUUGGUGAUAUCGUUACUGAAUUCGAUGCGGUCCAUCAUCUCGUUGUUGUUUCUUCUGUUUCUUUUCAUACUUAUAUUCGCGCUUCUCGGGAUGCAACUUUUUGGAGGACAGUUCAAUUUUGAUUCCGGCACUCCACCGACUAAUUUCAACACGUUUCCCAUCGCUCUGUUAACCGUUUUCCAGAUUUUAACUGGCGAAGACUGGAACGAGGUCAUGUACCAGGGGAUCGAGGCCCAAAAUGGCGGAAUGAUUUAUUCACUUUACUUUAUCGUACUCAUGUUGUUCGGUAAUUAUACACUGUUGAACGUGUUCUUGGCCAUCGCCGUUGAUAACUUGGCGAACGCUCAAGAACUAACUGCAGCAGAAGAAGAACAAGCGGAAGAGAACAAGGAGAAACAGGCACUCGAAUUGGAAAAAGAAAUGGAAGCGCUGCAAAUGGAGGGGACGCCACCGAAAGUAGAAAUAUGUCCUCCCAGUCCAAACGCACGCGGAAAAAAGAAGAAGGAAGAAAAACCUCCACAGGAAGAGGAGGAAGAAAUAAUUGGACCGAAACCAAUGCUGCCCUAUUCUAGCAUGUUCAUACUUUCUCCCACAAAUGUAAUAAGAAGAGGCGCUCACUGGGUUGUGAACCUGCGAUAUUUCGACUUUUUUAUCAUGAUAGUCAUUUGUCUCAGUUCUAUCGCAUUAGCGUGCGAAGAUCCCGUCAAUGAAAAGUCCUUCCAGAACAGCAUCCUCGAUCAGUUCGAUUACGCGUUUACUGGAGUUUUUGCCGUCGAAAUGUUCCUCAAGAUCGUCGACUUGGGUAUCAUUUUGCAUCCCGGCUCCUACUUACGAGAAUUUUGGAACAUCAUGGACGCUGUAGUCGUCAUAUGUGCUCUCGUAUCGAUGGGGUUCGAUUUUGCGAAAAGCGACGCCGGCGCCAACUUGUCUACGAUUAAAUCUCUGCGAGUGCUGCGUGUUCUUAGACCUUUAAAAACAAUUAAACGUGUACCUAAACUGAAAGCCGUAUUCGAUUGCCUCGUGAACUCUUUAAAAAAUGUGAUAAACAUUUUAAUAGUAUAUAUACUGUUUCAGUUUAUAUUUGCCGUGAUAGCAGUGCAACUGUUCAAUGGAAAAUUUUAUCAUUGUACCGACGCGAGCAAAUUCACUAAAGAAACCUGCCAGGGCCAGUAUUUUGUCUACGAAGAGGACAGCGAUGUUCCACAGGUCGAAGUUCGCGAAUGGAAACCACAAUGUUUUACGUACGAUGAUGUGGCCAAGGCAAUGCUCACAUUAUUCGCUGUGCAAACAGGAGAGGGCUGGCCUCAAGUACUCCAAAAUUCCAUGGCUGCGACUUACGAAGACCGAGGGCCUAUUCAAAAUUUUCGAAUAGAAAUGUCCAUUUUCUAUAUCGUCUACUUCGUAGUGUUUCCAUUCUUCUUUGUAAAUAUAUUCGUGGCCUUAAUUAUAAUCACGUUCCAAGAACAGGGCGAAGCCGAAUUGCAAAGCGGAGAAAUCGAUAAAAAUCAGAAAUCAUGCAUAGACUUUACUAUCCAAGCUAGGCCGCUUGAACGCUACAUGCCGACCAAGAGGAACAGCUUCAAAUACAAAAUUUGGAGGAUCGUCGUUUCUACCCCAUUUGAGUAUUUCAUCAUGAUGCUUAUCGUAUUCAAUACGCUACUGCUUAUGAUGAAGCAAGACAAGCAGAGCAAAUCCUUCACCGAUAUUCUUAAGUACCUCAACUGGGCAUUCACAAGUCUGUUCACAGUGGAAUGCGUACUCAAGAUUCUUGCCCUAGGCGCACGGUACCACGAUGCUCCACCUUUGCUAUCUGACAUCCUGGCUGCCAUGAACAUUCUGUUUACCUUCCUAUUUCUUUGCGAAACGGUUCUCAAGCUGAUCGCCUUCGGGAUAAAGAAUUUCUUUAAAGACCCAUGGAACACCUUUGACUUCGUCACAGUCAUUGGAAGCAUAGUGGACGCAAUGGUUGUGGAAUUUGGGGAAAACUUCAUAAACGUCGGAUUCCUGAGACUUUUUCGUGCUGCAAGACUCAUUAAAUUAUUAAGGCAAGGUUACACCAUUCGCAUUUUACUUUGGACCUUCGUUCAAAGUUUUAAAGCUUUGCCUUACGUUUGUCUACUAAUUGCAAUGCUGUUCUUCAUUUAUGCAAUAAUUGGCAUGCAGGUGUUCGGCAAUAUACAGUGCAAUCCCAAGGAAUCUAUAAACAGGCAUAAUAAUUUCCGAAACUUUAUUCAAGGCCUUAUGUUACUUUUUCGAUGUGCAACGGGAGAAGCUUGGCCAAGUAUAAUGUUGUCAUGUAUAGAAGGACAACCUUGCGAUCCUGAAGCUAACAAAGAACCAAACAGUUGCGGGUCCAAUUUGGCUUACGGAUAUUUCGUUUCGUUCAUAUUUUUCUGUUCAUUCUUGAUGCUUAAUUUAUUCGUGGCAGUAAUCAUGGAUAAUUUCGAUUAUUUAACACGAGACCCGUCCAUCCUAGGAGCUCAUCAUCUGGACGAAUUUGUUCGCAUUUGGGCUGAAUACGAUCCAAAUGCUACGGGUAAAAUUACGUACCAGGAGAUGUAUGAUAUGUUAAAAAAUAUGGACCCUCCCUUAGGAUUCGGAAACAAAUGCCCCAAUCGUUUGGCGUAUAAAAAACUCAUAAGAAUGAACAUGCCGGUUGACGAAGAGGGUAAAGUUGCCUUUACAACAACUCUCUUUGCCCUCAUAAGAGAAAAUCUGAAUAUUAAGAUGAGACCAGCGGAGGAAAUGGAUCAAGCCGAUGAAGAAUUAAGAGACACUAUAAAGACCAUUUGGCCCCUACAAGCGAAGAAUAUGUUGGAUCUUCUUGUGCCUCCCAGAAACCAACUUAAUACGGGAAAAUUGACGGUAGGAAAAAUUUACAGUGGUCUCCUCAUCUUAGAAAAUUGGAGAACAACAAAGUUCGGUCAAAUCGAACCCACAGGAAUUCCGGAAUACGGAAAUAGUUCAGCAGCGAAUCACGCGAAAGCGUCGUUUUUUGACUGCAUAAUGGAUAUGGCGGGACACCUGAACGAGAGUCGAACAGGGUCCCUAAGUAUGGAAGGUGCACCCUUGAUGGCUGGUCAGGAUUCCUCUGAAACACAUCAUCUACACCAACACGAAGAAAGUUCGCUUGUUUCGCUGGCCCGUCGCAAUACCAAAAAACGAUCGUUUAGGAAUAAAAAGGUGAUGGAACACCACGAUAACAUGGGAUCUCGCCAACCCUCUUGUGAUAGUUUAGCGGACCAGCAACAACACCUUCAUCCUCCUACAUAUAGCAAUUCUCAUCAUAAAUCUCCCAGUAUCAGAAGGGGCAAUUCCCCUUCGUUAGCCCGAAGUCCCUCGCCUGGUAAACGUUAUCAACACCAUCUUCAUCACGACAUCGGUUUUUCGGACACCGUUUCAAACGUAGUAGAAAUCGUCAAGCACGAACAUCAUAGAUCACACUCCAACAAAAGCAAAUUUAUUAGAGGAUCGUGGUCAGCAUCGACGAGUCCGGCUAGGUCUCCUUCGCCAAUGAACGAACACUCUUCUCGGCGUUUAUCUCGACAUGAGAUCGUUCGCAAUUCAAGUCGAAGGGCAUACGGUACCACUAGCUUGUGUCAGAGGUCACGAUCUCCUAGUCCGGGACAUCAUCCCCACGCAACUUCUCCAAAUGACAUGUGUUCCUCACACAAUAAGUUGUCUACAAAGUGUCCUCCUGCUCCUGUAUUUGGUCUGCCAAUGCAGCAAUCAGCAGCUCAUCAGGGGAGCAUGCAACAUAGCCAUCCUGUAUUAGGUGGACGAAGAGGCCAAGGUAGAAGACUACCACCGACUCCUUGUAAACCUUCUACACUUCAAUUACGACCAGGUCCCAUCAACUUUCCCAAGUUGAACGCGUCACCUACACACGUGCAGUCUCAUUCGGCCCAUACGACUCCCCACAGCUAUGUGAGAGAGCGCGAACCGCUUCGAGAAAUCGUGCCAACGACGUAUGACAGUUCGACACAUGCACCAAUGAGCUUCGAGCAAGCGGUGGCUCUAGGUAGGGGAGGACGAAUGUUGCCAAGUCCAGUGCCGAAUGGCUAUAAGCCAAAGCCUUCUCGUUCGCGUAAUUCCGAUUCGGACGAAGACGAUUGGUGCUAACGAAAGUGUUCCGUUACCACAGACUUAAAAAAAUAAACCGCAUUUAAUAUAAAUAAAAGAAGAAGAAAUGGACAGUGGAUGAAAUUCGCGAGACAUACAUAUAACAACUUCCGGAUUAUUGAUUAUGGAAUUGAAGGAUUGAUGUGCUCGUAAGUAGUCAAAUUAUUGGGGGAGGUAUUAUUAUGGGCAUACACUAUACACGCAGACAAAGGUACAAAAGAACAGCAAGACUGCUACAAAACAGUGACGCGACUAAUAGUAUUACUCUCGAAUUCAAAAACAAAAAAACUUUUUUUUAAAUACUGCCAGUAAUUUUCUGCUCCUCAAUUUUCUGUAUUUAAAAGUGUAUUAAGUCGUAAUACGUAUAAAAAUUGCAUUCAGAACGACAUUAAUAUUGAUAAUACAAAUAUAAUAUAAUAGUAUUUACGCGUCCCGAAGUAAUCGAAAACGGUUCAUUCUAAUUACAUUAAUGAAAUAUAUUAAUUAGUUAGUAAUUCUUCCCUAAAGUGCUUUAACAUUAAAACUAACGACGAGAAAUCAACCGUUUCGUAUGUAAAUAUAUAAUAUAUCUAUUUAUAUAUUUACGUACAGAAACGUUCCCUUAUACAAACUUGCAUAUAUAUACAUAUGUAUACAUACAUACACACAUACAUACAUACAUAAAUACAUACCUUACUGUACCUAUAAUAAUUAUUACGUACCAUAUAUUUAAAAUGCUUUUCCCCGAGUUUAUACAAAAACGUAUGUAUAAAAACAUUUUUUCUGUGAUACUCGACGCUUUAUUAUUGUUAUUAUUCGGUUAAACACCCGUACCCUUUAUUUCAUGAAUCCAGUCCAAGAAUAAGAAAGUGAACGACUUCCAUUCUACUGUAUUUUUUGAUUUUAUUAUUGCUUUUUUACAAAAGAUGCCUUAUUAAAAUCGAAAUUAAUUACUAUCAUAUAAAACCUCUUUAAAAAACUUGAGCAAACAGUUUAAAUAAAAUGGUGUAGUCAUUGGGUAUUUCUUUUGCUUACUUGUUAUUGUAUGUACACUAUUGGACAAAACAAAAGUAACUCUUAAAAGAAACAGAAUCCUAUACGUAGCCUGUUCGUUCAUUUAAAUAUUUAGCCAGACGUAUAUAUUUUCUCUUAGUUUGAUACCGUACGUAACAUAUAAUAAAAAAAACUUUUUCAAAAUAAUUUUUUAUUUGAUUUAACAACAGAAAAAAACAAACGUGGUUCCAGGGGUUUCGUUUGAAAAUCUUAUAUUUAAUACCCGACGUUCAACCUCUUGCCAUAAGUGCUCGAUAGGGGUCAAAUGCAGCGUGCCUGUUCAAGUCUCUUUCAGAAACUAACGGAUUCUCGUUGAACAGUCGUAAGCCUAAUUUUUUGGUUCAGGAAUUUCAGAAACUAUUCUUUGGUAAUUUUUAAGAAUAGCUUUACCGUUGUCCCAUAGUGUAUAGUGUAAAAUUCUAAUAAUAAUGACUAUAUGUUAUUAUAAUAAUUGUUGCUAAAUCUCUUUCUCUUUUCCUCUCAUUAUAAACUUCAGUUUCAAUUCUAAAUAUCAUAAAAGUCAUUUUUAAAUACGUAAUCAACUAGAAAGUUAGUUACAAAUUUAAAUUUAUUUCUCGAGACACAAGAACAAACAAACGUUGUUAAAGAAUUAUUGAUAGUAAAAACUGUUAUUUGCUGAAAGUUAUUCAUAAUGUAGCGAAGUUUGUUAAAGAGGUCAUAAAGAAUACUUGUUAUCAUAAAAAUUUUAACGAGUUUGUUAAUAUUAACUAUGUCUUCAAAGAGAAAAGACCGCGUCUAACUAAUAAUGCAAAACAAAAUACUUCUGCCAAUUGCGUAAUUAUUAUAAUUAUUAAUUCAUGUAUGAAGAUGCCGGUCUGAUUCUUCAAACACCUUCUUCUAGACUAUUAAUUGUAAAAAUUUUAACGACUAAAAUAUAUUUAAGAAAAAAAUAUUGCUUGGUGUGAAGAAAUGUAUGGUCGUAUCGCUAGAUGGGUGUAGCUCACACUUUGCUCGUUGUUACCUGUUAAUUAACUGAUUUAUUUAUUACCUCUGAUAUACAAGACGUGAUUAACAAAAAAAAAA